CGUCGCGUGGUCGUCAUCAUCAUCAUCAACGGCUUCAAAACGCUGGCCAGUUCAGUCCGCCUCGGCAAUGGACUUUCCCAACAGCGCCCCGACAGCAUCCCCCCUCGCGGAACAGGGCACCGAGACCGCAGCGGGGACGCGUCGGUAUCGGUCCAAGUCUCAGCGCCCCUGCGACCUGUGCCGCGCCCGCAAGGUCCUGUGUAACAUCCCAGAUCCCGCAAGGCCGUGCCAGCUCUGUCACCGGACGAAGCGGCCAUGUACUUUUGUCGCUGUGACGAGCAAGAAGCAGAGGACGGGGUCGGCUUCGAUCAGCGCCGCCAACGUCUACGAUGGUAUCGUUCCCGCAUCCGCAGAGGUGCGCCCGGCGCUCGAGCCGCUGGCGGCUUCGCAGUUGACCGAGAGCGAGUCGCCGGAGGAGACGCUGUCAUCGGCGACAGACGCGCAUCCGUUCGCCAAGUUCCUCUUCGACCCCAGCUGGUCCGCGGCGGCAGAGCCAACCGCUGAUGCCUCCGACAUUGGCCCCCCUGCCAGUGAUGACCCCGACAGCGUGUUCAACAUUCUGCAGGACACGGAGCUCUCGCAGCUAUGGCCGAUGAACAGUCCCGGAUUCGCAACGACGGGAUUGCCAACUGCAUCUCGCCUUAGCCCCCAAAAUGGCAACGGGUUUCUGUCACCAGGUCUUGGUGCAUCCAUGGACCGGAGGCCGGAUUGCUCCUCCGCCUUCAUCGGGUUCUCAAACGAGUCGGACCCUUUCGCUCUCGAGCAUUUCCCCUACAACAGCGUGGAUGAAGUUGACUUCUUCAUGGUCACUUAUCGCAGGCCCUCCCGGCUUCUCGCCAACACUGGCCAUCCACCCGUCCAUAUCCUCCAGAGCAAGCUGCAGUCGACAUGUCAAGGACGGGCGCUCAUCGAAGGGUCCGUGUCAAUUGGCAAUGAACGGGAAAGACUCGAGAAGCUCGUCGACGCCGACACUGGCGUGUCUCUUGUGAAUCUAUAUCUGCGCUUCGUGUUCCAGACGUUACCAAUACUCUCAAGGUCACUUAUUGAGAACGACAUAUCGCGCUUUGUCAGAUCAGCAUCGCCGGGACUGCUUGCGGGUAUCUACGCGCUGGCUCUGCCCUUCACGUCAUGGGACGAACGCCUUUGCAUGAACAACGCCUACUCGAAGCCGAGUUCGGACGCCCUGUGGCAAGUUGCAUACACGUCCUGGCAAAAAGAGCUACACGCGCCGCAUCUCUCGACUGUACAAACUUGUCUGCUCCUGCUGAAUCACGCGACGUUCGAUCCGGUCGCUGUCGAAAGUCCUUUCGCUUGGUCCCUAGCUGCGUCGAUGACGGCCGUGGCGCAGUCGCUGGGACUGCACCUGGAUCCAACAGACUGGAAACUACCGGCGAGUGAGGUCAGGCUACGGAGAAGACUCUGGUGGGCGGUUGUCGUGGAGCACAGCUGGCGCGCCAUCACGCAUGGGCAGUCCUCGAUGCUGCACGAUGAUGAGUGGAACGUGACGCCGCUCACAGCGGAUGAUUUUAUCAUGGACAUACCUUCUGACACGACACAGUCUCAGCCGGACCACUUCUUGCAGCUGUGCCGGUUGACGCAAAUUGUCAAUAGUAUACGCAGCCAAUUCUUUUCUCUCCGUGCCGUCUCACAGCCGCAAUCGCUCGACGUGGUCCUCGAGCAGGCCAAGUGGUCGCGCCAGCAGCUUCACGAGUGGCUGGAGGACCUGCCAGAGUGUCUUCGCAUGGGGACGCAGCAAGACGACCAGGACAACGAAUCACCACAGAGCCAAGGUUCCCUACACUUGGCAUACUUUACAGGGCAGGUUCUGCUUCUCCGCGCGCUGCUUAGACCAAUCGUCAGCAAGGAGACCGACCCGAAGAAUACAUCGUCGGCCGCCGCGUCCAUGGUGUUGCAGGCAUCGCGUGCCCUGAUGCAGACCUUGAUUGACUUUGUCCGAGGACUCGAUGUGAGGCACAAGUCGGGGUUCUGGCCGGCCUACAACAGACACUGCUUCUGCUACCCGGGUCUGUUCUGCUACAUGCUGUGUCUGCAGCCCGUGGAGCCGCAUAUGGUUGCCGCAGACCGGCGCCUGCUGGUGAGGUGGAGGAACGUGCUACGGACAAGAGUGCAGUCGUGGCAACUGCUACGAUUUGCUAUUGUCAAGGUGGACGCGCUCUUUUGGAAGAAGCUCGACAAUUUGAUUGAGCCGCCCAACACUUGCUGAGAUUCAUUCGUGUAUUGGGACGAGUACGAGAGGCCCCCCGACCGAUGACCUCAAAGAUGCUUGACGGCCUUUUUGCGAUAGCGCACCACCUCCACGCCCUCUUCGUCGAAAGUCCUCUCAGACACAAUUUUGUACCCGCCAAAGUACGGCAGGAUUCUCGUCCAAAAGGUCCAGUACACGCCGCCGAGCAACAGCACGCCGACGCCGACGACGGGGAAGACGUAGUAGGGGUAGCCAUCCGCGGUCCAGCUGCCCUCUGGAGGGAUGAAUGGGACAAUGGCUAGGAAGACGUUGGAGAGGAAAUAGACGAUGGAUAUCGGGAGGAACGUGUGCCAGGGCGAGCUCCAUUCCUCCGACUUUUUGUACUGUAGCCACACGAGGCCGGCGGUGACGAAUGCAUUGAUCCACGCACCCGGG